GAGUGGUGGACUGAACGUCUCUGACUGGAGCACUUUACUAGUUGGCAAAUUCUCGGACAAUUCCGAGAAUGGCUCCUGAGCAACGGCGAAGCACAUUCCGUCCAUGCAUUGACCUACAUGAAGGACAAGUGAAGCAAAUUGUCGGGGGUACUCUUUCGGAUGGCAAUGAGGAGAGACUGAAGACGAACUUUGUCGCGACGCAACCUCCAGGAUACUUCGUGGGGAAGUAUCGCGACAACGGUCUGGAGGGCGGUCAUGUCAUAAAACUUGGGCCUCGGAACGACGAAGCAGCCAGGACAGCCCUGGCAGAGUGGCGGGAUCAUCUACAGAUCGGCGGGGGUAUCACCGCUGAAAAUGCCAAAGAAUGGCUUGAUGCGGGUGCGAGCAAGGUCAUCGUCACAUCUUACCUCUUUCCUGGCGGUAACUUCUCCUUGGAACGUCUGGAGACAAUCUCAUCCCUCGUCGGGACGGACAAGCUUGUUGUAGACGUUAGCUGUCGCCGGCGAAAAGACAGGUGGUUUGUUGCUAUGAAUAAGUGGCAGGAUAUCACCACAAUGGAGGUGAACAAAGAGAAUCUCGAUAUGCUGGCACAGUAUUGCAACGAGUUUCUCAUCCAUGCAGCUGACGUGGAAGGUCUGUGCCAAGGUGUUGAUGAGGAGCUCGUAAAAAAGCUUGGUGAAUGGGUGACGAUUCCUACCACAUAUGCCGGUGGAGCUAAAAGCAUUUCUGACUUGGAGACGGUGAAUAGACUUUCAGGAGGACAAGUGGACUUGACAUAUGGCAGUUCAUUGGACAUCUUUGGAGGGACUGUAAGUUUUGACGAACUAGUGAAAGCAAGUAAACAGUAGUACCAAGAUUCAAUAUGUAGCGCGUACUUUAGAUUUUUGAUAGACGAACCACAGGGGAAUACCCUUUUCCGGCGGCGUGGGAAUCGUGGCUCAUAAACUGUAUAGUACCAUAUCGCGUACG